AUGGGAAACAUCCAAACACACACCGUGCAAUGUGUUCUCCUCCUCAAUUUAUUCACCGAAAAAAUCUUCGUAAUCCUCUGGGCCUGGUAUAUUAUCCUAACAACUUUCACCAUCGCCAAUCUCUUCAGUUGGAUAUUUGCGGUUUUCAAUGAAACCUACAAUGAGCAUUUUAUUUUGAAUCGAUUGGAAAUGUGUGAAAUGCCUUUUGAUAAAGAGGAUAUUAGUAAGUUUUAAAAAAAUCUUGGAGAAUUCAUUUAAAAAAACUGAAAAUUUCCAGAAAAUCGUGAACACGUCCAACGAUUCAUUCAAAAAUAUCUGGGAACCGAUGGUUUGUUCUUGCUCCAACUUAUUGAUCAACACGCCGAUGUUGUUUUCACAACAGAGCUCAUUGGAGCUCUGUAUAAAAGUCAUUAUGAAAUUGAAGAGCAGAGAAAGUGA